UUGCAGUAAAAGAAAGAUUUGUUUACAGUAUUUUUCACGGUUUUCAAAUUCUCAUGCUGUUUACGUUAAACACUACUUAUAUUUUAGCAAGAACUACGACGUUCUGAACAUCUCGAUUCUCAACUUGUGCUGUUUUACACGACACGGUCUUGAUUCGUGUGUGAAGUACAGAAGUGUAGACUGCUGUUAUUUGCAGCUAAUAAGUCUUCUGUGCGGACUUGCUGAUUUUGAUUUGGCCCACUUGUUACGAGAGACUGUGGUGUGGAUUGUCAUUGGGGCGUAUUGGGGCUUUGGUGAUUCUGGAAGCCAGCAAAUGAGCGACAAACAUUGGAAAGCGGAAAGCAGCCGCUCUGUGGAAAUGAGCAGAAGCGCGCGGGCUACGAACAGCGAAAACAGGAGCAGCUCUCUGGCAGCGACAGCCACCGCGUUGGCCGGCAUGAUUCCCGUGUCGGAGACGGUUUCUGGCGCCCUGGACAGUGUGCGCGCCCACAUGGACGACGCGGGCAACGUGAUCGUGCGGACGGGACGCCAGCUGCUGGAUCCCGACGCGGAGGAGGGGGAUGAGGAGGGCCCGCUGUCGCUGGUGGACCGCGCGCUGCACAGCCUGGCCACGGCCAGUCGCGCGCAGCAGAUCACGGCUGGCGGCGCCACGGGGUGGCUGUCCGGGUACCUCUUCAACAAAUUCGGCCGACCGGUGAUUUACAUCAUGGGCAGCAGUCUUAUCGUCGUCCUCUUCGCGGAGCAUCUGGGCUACCUGACGGUGGACUGGAGCAAGUUCCGGCGCGACUACCACGCCGGCCGGCGCAACGUGGAGCAGCGCAUCCGCGGUCUGGCGCAGAUGGACGCGCAGCAGGCGGCGCGCCGCGGCGGCCGGCCCUGGCUGGAGAAGAUCAAGGUGCUGGCACGGACCAGUCCCUACCUCAGCGGCGGAUUCAUCGGCGGCAUCCUGCUGGGACUGGCCUCCUGACCGCUGACGCUCGGCGCGAUACCAGUGUAAUCUCUGAUUAGUCCAUGACUUGCGCUUGUGAUCCGGCUGCUGCUUGGCCGCUCAUUGCUGGACAGUUGAUUGCUGGGCAUCAUUGCACACGUCUGCCUCUGCCAUUUAUUUUGCUGUGUCUUCGGAUUAUGAUACUUUAUCAUUUUUGUGCUGACUGUUUACUGCGAUAGUUCUAUACUUCUGUUAAAUUUUAUUACUGUCCCGAAUAAGGGAGGCAGAGAAAUCUGGCAACAAUAAUGGCAAAAUGUUGGCAGUGUUUGAAGAGGACUGAUAGUGAGAAUGAACAAAUAUAUGAGAAAGACUAAGGAAUACAGUAAAUGUGGAUUACACAUUAUCCAUCUAGUCUUGCCGUGGCUGGCCCGAAUAGGCUGUCCAGAGCGGCCAUCGUCACCGGGCCGUGCUGCAUCGCCGGCACCGGCCACUCCACAUCCGGUUCCUCGACCUCGU